UCUAACAUCAGCCAAUAGUUGAGUUAUGUCACUCGAGCAAAGUGGUUGUGUCGUUUGGUUCGUAACGCGUUGAACGCGUGCUCGUUUAUUUAUAUUUUCAUAAACAUUUACAUUGAUAUUUGGUUUUUGCAAUGAAUAAAAUCUGACAUUUAAAAAAGUAGGAAAGGAAGAUUGUGAUUAAAUUAUAAUUAAGUUAAAAAAGUGACAUUUAGUGUUGUGAUGACUUGAAACUAGUGAUGUAUGUAGAACUAUUUUGUAAAGUUAUAAAUUUUUAACAAGUUUUAAUUGACAAAGAAAUGGCGUUUGUUAAUUUUAGUUUGUGUUUGGUGCUAAUUUUGUACCAGUUUUCAGUCGCAUAUAGCGAUGAAACAUCUUCGGAAUCAGCAGAUCUUGGUCUAAUGGAUACUAUGUCCGGCGAUGUAGAGGGUGUGCGGUGCUACUGCAACACAGCUCAGUGCGUCGGCACCGCGUACAUGUGCCGGGCACGACGCGGUGGUGGUUGCUACAGCGACCUGCCAGCACCCCGCCCGCAUCACGCCAGGCACGGCUGUCUACACCACCUCGCUGAUACUGAACAAGAAGCAUUGUCGUAUUGCCAGAACAGUCCAUCCAGUGCUGCACCGCGCGGCCAGCACUCUCUAUUACUGUGCUGUUUCCGUGACCUGUGCAAUCAUGAGGACAGCCCGCUGGCACGCGCCCGUCUCAACCUCACCAACGAACAUGACCCUAACGGCGUUGCUACGGAGCGCGGUGCGAGCUACAACGGCGAGGUGUGGUUCAAGGCAGCCACUAUAGCUGUGCCAGUUUGUGGCGCACUCAUACUCUUCCUGCUGGUAGCAGUCGCUGUGCGUCUGUUGAGAGCUGAUGCGCUGCUCCACGCUGAUAGGAAGCUAAGAGGUGGCUACAUGUCUCCAGCUCAGCACUGUUCAGAGGAUGUAAAGAAGGUGUGGGUCGGAAGCUCAUCCUCUCCCCUGUUGGUGGCUCCCGGGGGUUGCCUCGUGGCUGUGGAGCGAGCACAACUAGUUGAUGCGUCCGCGUCAACACAACUCUGUGAUAUACAACGAUAAACGUUAACGGAGAGAUCUCUUUGACGAGCUGUUCCGUGAAGUGUAUAAAACUUGCUUAUGCCAUUUGGUGUUCAUGUGAUAUGAGGCUUAGCAUUAUCAAAUCGUGAGUUCAUACUAAAAAAGUGCUACCGUUGUCUAAUAGAUGGCGCUAUAAGUUUUUUUACACUACUAGAUGGCGCUAUUAUCAAUGAACCUUGAACUCGUUUAAAAAGGUUAAGACGCAGUUAAAAUCAUCGUAACGAGUUUUGGUAUAGUUGAGGUGAGCGAUGUAUGAAGACUGAUUUUGAAGCAGAUUUUUUAUAUUGUAAGGAAUUGACUUAAAUGGUUGUCGAAGGAAAUUAAAAUCAAUAAAAUACCUACUGUAGGUUUCUGAGACCAAAAUUCUUGUACAAAUCAUUGCAUCUGCGGUUCAUCUGGCGUUGUCGAUAUCUAUGGGCGUCGGAUCAAUAAUUUUAGGCGAUCCGUUAAUCGUUUGCCCCUUUUUCUAAAAAAAAAAACCAAAAUACAUCAUCCCUGUAUCUUUGACACUACAGAUAUAACUUUUUUUUAAACGAUAUCGGUCUCAGAAACCCACGAUUAAUAUAUGAAAUCCAAAAUAAUGAAAUUUAAUAAGUGCCUUAACACGUUUAUACAAUCACAUGGUGUUGUAAAGAACUGAUUAUAAUUUCUAAUAAAAUAUUUUGUAAUGUACUAGUGCAAGUACCUUACGUUUCUUGUGUUUUUAACAAUAAUUAAUUAAUAAUAAAUAAUUUUGAUUGUGAAUUAAAUAAUAACUGUGUUGUGAAGAUUUGGUCAUAAAUUACGUGAGGUGUUUAAGGGGGGAAGGGGUCGAGUCAAAUCUCAUCUAAUCUUACGUUGGAGAGAGGGGGGUCUCGGCUAAUAUCACGCAAUUUUUUUUCUGAUUGAAACAAAAAAAA